AUGAAUCUCAAAGUGGAAACGGAGGAGGACCACUGUGCCGGGCCAGCCCCGCUGGACGUGUUCGCCAGCAGAUCCACCCUGCACGGACUGGCCCACAUCUUCACGUACGAGCGGUUCGGCGUGAAGCGCCUCCUGUGGCUGCUUUUGUUGCUCGGCUCCUUCUCGUUCCUGUUGUGCGUGUGCGUGGAGCGGGUGCGGUACUACUUCGCGUACCCCCACGUCACGAAGCUGGACGAGGUGUCGAUGCCGCGCAUGGUUUUCCCGGCCAUCACCUUUUGCAACCUCAACGAGUUUCGCUUCAGCCGGGUGACGCGCAACGACCUGUACCACGCGGGAGAGCUGCUGGCCCUUCUGAACAACAGGUAUGAAAUUCAGGACCCUCACCUGGCAGAGGAGAGUGUGCUGGAGAGUCUGCAGGACAAGGCAAACUUCCGCAACUUCAAACCCAAGCCUUUCAACAUGCGUGAGUUCUUUGACCGGACGGGUCACGACAUCAGGGAGAUGCUGCUGUACUGUCGAUACCGGGGAGAGACCUGCUCUGCAGAGGACUUCAAAGCGGUGAGUCUGAGAGAGGGGAGAGGGGGGAGGGGGGUGGCUCGGAGUCUGGGGAAAGGGGUGAGUCCACUCUCCUGGGAGAGAAAGAGAAUGAGACUGCUGUCCCUCAUUACAAGUUUCCCUUAGUAAAAGCAUCGCAAAGUUGAUGGAAGCGCAGGGAAAGCAUUUUUAAAGCACAGGUAAGCAUUGUGAGGUAUAGUAAAACACAUUU